AUGGAUGUUCCCGAUGAUAUCGUGGUCGAUAUUCUGCGAAGACUGCCGGUGAAAUCAUUGGUCCGAUUCCGGUGCGUUUCCAAAUCAUGGCGUUCACUUAUCUCCGAUCCCACCUUCGUUCGAACCCAUCUCUCCAGACUGAUCCAAUCCCAUAUCUCCAUGGGAACUGCUUCUUCUAUACUUCUCUCUGGUUCCACUACAGGCAUCCUUUCCUUCCUCCAACACCAUGAUGAUGGCUCUGCUGCAGUUACAGCUGAGCUGGAAUUGGGUCUAGUUAAGAAUUCGAAGUACCGCGUGAAGGGACACUGUGAUGGGUUACUCUGUUUGGUCAUCGACAACGAACAAGAAAAUGGCCUUCUUGUCGUCUACAAUCCAUCAAUUCGAGAACACAGAAAGCUUCCUCUUCCUCCUAACUUUCACAGCACCACGGAAUCGUUUGGAAUCGGCUACGACCCCACUAUUGGCGAUUACAAGAUUGUAACAGUACCCUCUUGGUACUGCCGGUUGAAAUACCCCGGCUACAAUCAUCGGGUGGAGAUAUUCACGCUCAAGUCCAAAUCCAAUUCGUGGAGGACACUUGCAGACUAUGAAACUCCUCCUUACUUCGUGGACAAUGGGUUUCAGACCCAGGCCACCAUUAAUGCAAAUGGUGGACUUUAUUGGCUCUGUCUGGACAACAAAGCUUCCAGAUAUGUGAUUUUGCGUUUUGAUUUGGUGGAAGAGAAGUUCAGGGUAGUUCCUACAGCACCUGAUAAGUCCUGUUGGAGUAUAACGUGGUUGGGUUCUCUGAGAGACUCGCUUUGUGUGAUUCACUCCCAGUUAGCCACUCACAUCCAUGUUUGGUCCACAAAGGAUGAUGAAACCUGGACCAAGCUCAUCAUAAUCCCAACGCUUCAGGGAGUCAGUCCUUCAGUUUAUAGCUGCCUGUACAAGCCGUUUUGUUAUACUAAGACCGGUGCUUUGCUGAUGAAUGUGAGAGGAAAGGGAUUCGUGGUGUACGAUCCCGGAGAGAAUAGGUUCCGGCAGCUUGCAGUGAGAGAGGCUGAGCACCAUCUGCAGGAGAUUGUGUACUGUGAGAGUCUGGUAUCACCCAACUGUGGGAAUGACGAUGAAAGCUGAACGAACACUAGAAAGAAAUUGUUAGAAGUAAUGCUUUUUUCAUUUUCAUUUUCCAUGUGCAAUGGUUGGUAUUAGUUAAGAGUUUCAUUGUCAUUUUCCAUGUAAAAUUUUGUUUUUGAAUUUGGAGACAUGGUAUUAGUGAAAAGUCAGAAAUAUUGAAGUGGUUAGUCUUAAAGCCUGACAUAUCACAUUUGCCUAUAUUCGUGGCUAGAAAA